AUGGGCGCCGAACAGAGCGGAGAUGCUGAGCACAAACAUUCGGACUACAGUUCGACUGUGGUUCCCUCUCCUGCCAAGCAAAAGGCGAAGAUGGAUGACAUUGUGGUGGUAGCUCAGGGAACACAGUCUAUGAGGAAUAUCCACAGUGACCCCGAUGUCAUCAAACUCCAAGAGAUCCCUACUUUCCAGCCGCUUUUGAAAGGGGUGCUGAGUGGCCAGACGUCCCCGAGCAGUGUGUGUCUAGAGAGACUGGACUCCGCACAGGUGCUGCAGCUCUGCACCCGCUACCAGGACCACCUGCACCAGUGUGCCGAGGCCGUCUCCUUUGACCAGAACGCUUUGGUCAAGCGCAUCAAAGAGAUGGACCUCUCAGUGGAGACUUUAUUCAGCAUCAUGCAGGAGCGCCAGAAGCGUUACGCCAAGUAUGCUGAGCAGAUCCAGAAGGUCAACGAGAUGUCCAUGAUCCUGCGACGCAUUCAGAUGGGCAUCGACCAGACGGUGCCGCUGAUGGAGCGACUCAACAACAUGCUGCCUGAAAGUGAGCGCUUGGAGCCCUUCAGCAUGAGGGCCGAUGCAGAACCGGGCACCAAGUAA